AUGGCCUCCGCCCCUCCUGUGCGCGCGGAACCAUGGACUCCGCCGCUGCCCGCUAAACCCGCACUCCCCCCUUCCGCGCCUCCCCCUUCCGCUCAACCCCCUCCGCCGCUCCCCUUCCAUCUCUGGCGGCGCCGCCAGCAGCGCCGCGUGCGCUCCGCGUUCUCCGCCGCGUCUGGCGCGCGGAAGCAGUGGGACGCCGCCUCGGCGGACGGGCUGCGCGCGGCGACAGCUGUCGUGAACCGAUUGGUGCAGCUGAAGCAGCUACCUGGCAAGGACCUCGGGGCGGUGGGGGGCAUGGAGGGCAUCGUUGAGAGGGCAGCAGAGAAGAUCCGACGCAUUAUGGCCCUUAGUCUCUCCACUUCUUCCCUCUCUUCCUCCCCUUCCCCCUCGCCCUCAUCCUUCCUUCAGGCUGCAGCAGUCGACGCCCUCCUUUAUGCUCUCUCCUUGAUGCAGGCCUCGUUUGUCAUUAAGCAUAUUCAUAUCUUCUCUCAAUCUCUCCUCACACACCUCCCUCCUCGCACAUCUCCCUCCGCACAAAUCUCCCUCCUCACACGUGGCGCAGAGAGCUGCUGGUCAAGCAUCACUAUCAUCUCACAGUUCCUCCUUCCCCUCUUCCUCAUGCAUCCCUCUCCUCCCCACCAGCGUCUCAUACUCUCUUCACUCAACUCAGCAGUCAGACAUGAAGCCGCCACCACCACCACUGCACGCACCACCACCACCACUCCAAAUACCUCUCUAACCUCCCAAAUCCCGCUUAAACACCCUCUCAACAUCCCUCCACUGUGCCUGCCAUGCGCCGCCUCGCCACCUGCCACUGUGCCUGCUCCCAAAGCUGAUGCCACUCUUGAUGCAAGUGCUCUUGCUGUGGAGGAAGGAGCGAGCCCAGGCGAAACGGUGGAAACAGGUGGAGGCAGGUUGGAAGCAGCAGGAGCAGCAGGAACAACAGGAGCAGGCAGGGCAGCCACAUCACGAGACGAGGACGGCCGUGAGACACCAGCGGCAACAGAAGAAGAGGCUGCGAGCGAGGCAGCAGCGGAGGGAGAAGCACCGGGUUGUUUGCAGGGAGAGGGAAUUGGGACUGGUGGGGGGGAUAUGGAGACAGGGAUUGGUGGAGAGCGCGGGGCAGGAGGGAAUGAGGGGCGUGGUCAAGGAGGGAGUGGCAUGCUGGAGGGGCAGAAUGGAUUGAAGGGACAGGCAUGGGCAGAGGGACGUGGACUGUCACACGGGCUUAGUGCAGCAGAGGGUUGUGAGUGGGCGGUGGUGCAGCAGCAGUUGGAGCAGUCAGGGCUGCUUGCCCGCUCGCCCACACCUCAACAGCUACAGGUGUGUCUGGUGGCAUGGCUGGUGGAAAUUCACAUUGACUCUCGGUGUCUCUCUUCCAUCUUUGCUGCUGUAGAUGAGGAAGUGAAAAGUGUAGCAGCGUAA